UCCCGGGCAGGACGGGGCGCGGGGGCGCGAGAACGAGCCGCGCGGGGGCCCGUGGCGGGGUAGUGCCGUGUUUCCCGUUCCCUGCUUGUCGCUGACCCGAGGCCGGAAGCCCCGAGGUGCCGCAUGCUCGUGGCCGCGUGCGCCCCUGCCUGGAUGAGCACCCAGGGUGGGUGCAGGGCCCGGACAGAGUCAGGUAACCCAGGGUGAACAUGGCCAAAGGGUCGAGUGGCGAAAAUGGAAGCAACAGAAGAAAGAGGAGAAAAAGAAGUGGAAGGACCUCAAGCUGAUGAAAAAACUGGAGCGGCAGCGGGCCCAGGAAGAACAGGCGAAGCGCCAGCAGGAAGAAGAGGCUGCUGCACAGAGGGAGGACCAGGGUCGGCCUUACACCCUGAGCGUGGCCCUGCCGGGCUCCAUCCUGGACAACGCCCAGUCACCGGAGCUUCGCACCUACCUGGCUGGCCAGAUUGCCAGAGCCUGCACCAUCUUCUGUGUGGAUGAGAUUGUGGUGUUCGAUGAAGAAGGCCAAGAUGCCAAGACUGUGGAGGGUGAAUUCAGGGGCGUUGGCAAGAAGGGGCAGGCGUGCGUGCAGCUGGCCCGGAUCCUGCAGUACCUGGAGUGUCCACAGUACCUAAGAAAGGCGUUCUUCCCCAAGCACCAGGAUCUCCAGUUUGCAGGGCUUCUGAACCCCUUGGACAGCCCUCACCACAUGCGUCAGGAUGAGGAAUCCGAGUUCAGAGAAGGCAUCGUGGUGGACCGGCCCACCCGGCCAGGCCACGGGUCCUUUGUCAACUGUGGCAUGAAGAAGGAGGUGAAGAUUGACAAGAACUUGGAGCCUGGACUUCGGGUGACCGUGCAGCUGAACCAGAAGCAGCUCCCAGAAAGCAAGACCUACCGGGGCAAAGUCGUGUCUUCGCAGGACCCUCGCACCAAAGCCGGUCUCUACUGGGGCUACACAGUCCGGCUGGCUUCCUGCCUCAGUGCCGUGUUUGCUGAGGCUCCCUUCCAGGACGGGUAUGACCUGACCAUCGGGACAUCAGAGAGAGGCUCAGAUGUGGCGUCUGCCCAGCUUCCCAGCUUCAGGCAUGCUCUCGUGGUGUUCGGGGGCCUCCAGGGGCUGGAAGCUGGAGUGGACGCAGACCCCAACCUGGAGGUGGCUGAACCCAGCGUCCUCUUUGAUCUGUAUGUCAACACGUGCCCCGGCCAGGGCAGCCGCACCAUCCGCACCGAGGAAGCCAUCCUCAUUUCCCUGGCCGCCCUGCAGCCUGGCCUCACCCAGGCGGGGGCCCGUCAGGCCUACGACAGCAGAGCAGCAGCAGGGAAGCCAGAGGUUCCUGGGGUUCCCCCGGGACAGACACAGCCAUGA